AUUGAUGUUUAUUAACGUUGGGUAACCCUCCCCCUUCCGUGUUGGCAAUAUAUGUUCGUUGAUUGCUUGCACAACGGCAAGCAGGAAACUGUGUGCUUUACCCAGACACUAUCUAGAGUCAGCCUCACAACCACUCUUGAGGUAGGUGCUACUUUUCCCGCUUCAGAGACGGAAAAAAAAAAAAAAAUGGAGCUUGAUGGAAGCGAGGUGACUUGCUUGGAAUCCUUAGCAAGGAAGCUCAGGAGGGCGGGAACUUGGCCGCAGUCCGGGAAUCUGGGACUCCGAAGCCCUUUGGCAGGCAGCAGCUGGACGGCGGCAUCUCCCCCAGGCAUGCUGGAUUCAGGCUCCCCCUCCCCGCCUGCAGGCGUGAAGACCCCUCUGUGGAAGAAGGAGGUGGAGGAGCCCGAGCCCAGAGAGGAGGAGCCGGAGGACGAGUCGUCGUCGUCGUCGUCAUCGUCGGAGGUGGAGAAGCGGGACCCCGAGAGCACAGCGGAGGUCGAGGAGGACGCCCGCGAUGCGGAGGAGCGCGAGGCCCUCUCGGUGUGCUACUGCCCGCUGCGCCAGGAGCCCAGUACCCAGCAGGUGGCGCUGCUGCGACGCUCGGACAGCGGCUUCUGGGGCUGGCUCAGCCCGUUCGCGCUGCUGGGUGGCCUGGCGGCCCCUGCGGACAGGAAGCGUGGUGCCCCGGAAGAACCGUGCGUGUUGGAGACGCGGCGGCGGCCACCGCGCCACGGGGUUUGUGCGCGCUGCGAGAUCCUUUUCUGCAAGAAAUGCAAGAGCCUGCAUAGCCACCCGGCCUACAUAGAGCACUGUAUUCUGGAGCACCCUGACCCGGGUAAGGCAGAGGCCGCCGGGAGCUCUGAGCGCAUCCAGUCCCAGCCGCUGCACCCACAAAGCUCCAAACUCUUCUAUCUCUAGUGCGUUCCACAGAGCUGUCCUUUCAAACUGCAGUCCUUGGCUCCUCCUUCCGGUGAAAAGGCCCACUGUCCGUUCACACCUGUUGUCUCGCCGCCGAACCACAGCAGAACCUAGACACUCCUCCAGAGACAGUACCCAACAUCUACAGCUCUCCUGACCCACGCCUCCAAUACAGCCUCACCUGCAUCUUUUUCGUGUCUUUCUGGCCAGGCGAACAGAGGCAUCGCCUUGAGAAAAACAGCCUCGGGGUUCCCUCUGCCCUUUAAGAAAUUACCUCUUUCCCUCUAAUCCCUCAAUAAAGUCUCAAAUCAGAGUCGCCUGAA